GUUUUCCUCUCGACAACUGUUCUCACAUGAUCUGUGUACUGCCUCCCCAUCCCGCUGGUCUUCAUCUGCCUCUCCUGUGUCUGCCGCUCGCUCGGCAAGAGAAGCGACUGCGCUGACGGCUGCCAAGUUUUUCAUCUUUGCCUCGGCUUCCCCCAUCUUCUUGGUCUCCGGUUUCCAACGGAGACUUCUUGUUCGCCUCAUCACACACAGGCUGUCCCCGUCGCUGGAGGCGCAGUUUCGCGCCUUCUUCCCUUCGCAUGCGUCUGCGCGUUCUCCAGGAAAAUGAUUCACUUUCUCCUCUUGGUGUCGAGACAGGGCAAGGUCCGGCUUUCGCGCUGGUACCUCCCGCCGUCCUGUUCCUCGCAGGGUCCCUCCUCGGGAUCGGAAGGCGCCUUCGCGGCCGGACUCCCCAUGAAAGAAAGAAGCGAACUGCUGCGAGAAGCGGCCUCCAGAGUUCUGCAGCGAAGUGCGAAGCAAUGCAACGUCGUCGAGUGGAGAGACGACACCAAGCUCGUCUUCAAACGGUACGCUAGCUUGUUCUUCAUUGCAUGCGUGGACAGCAACGAGAACGCGUUACUGACUCUGGAAGUGAUCCACCACUUUGUCGAGAUCUUGGAUCGCUAUUUCGGCAACGUUUGCGAGCUCGACCUCAUCUUCAACUUUCACAAGGCAUACUACCUUUUGGACGAGAUUAUUUGCGGCGGGGAGUUACAGGAGACCAGCAAGAAGGCUGUGCUGAGAGUGAUGAAUGCUCAAGAUGCGUUGAUGGAGGAGAGCAACACUAAAGGUGGAGUCAAGCUUACGUGAAGGACUUGCCUGUUGCUCUUGUUUCUGCACCUCUCGAUCCUCCUGAUCAGAGAAAAAUCCUGGGGCUCCGAGAGAGCUACGCGUUUUCUCCUCGUCGCUUGUCCUUUUUGAAAAGGUUCGUUGUGCAAGAAAGCGGCAACCUUGGUUCCCCGCGCUUUUUUAUUUCCAUCCAGCUGCGACACCGCGUGUUACGGCAGACCGUCGCUCUCUCGCGCGAUUCUCGCAUUUUUCGCGAUUUGUUCAUGACUCUCGGGAUGUUCCAAUCUCUUCGGGGACGCGAAUCGCGCAUCUGCGCUGCCGCUUUGCGCUUCUUUCUUCAGCGUCCG